AUGGAUGGUGCGGCAAGAAAUGGAUACCUUGAAGUCGUCAAGUGGUUGAACGAGAAGCGUACUGAAGGCUGCACAACUGCAGCGAUGGAUAAUGCCGCGAGCAACGGCCACCUCGAAGUUGUCAAGUGGUUGCAUGAGAAUCGUACUGAAGGCUGUACCACCGCUGCGUUGGAAGGUGCGGUAAUUAACAGUCGUGCAAAAGUAGCCCGCUGGUUGAACGAAAACCGUUCUGAGGGCUGUACCACGGCAACAAUGGACAAGGCGGCUGGACUGGGAUAUCUCGGCGCUGUUAAGUGGCUAAAUGAAAAUCGGUCGGAAGGUUGCAGUCCAGCAGCAAUGAUAAACGCCGCGUCGAAAGGAUUCCUUGAUGUAGUCAUGUAUUUGCUCUCCAAAGUCGACCAACCGGCUACAAAUGCUGCAAUUUCCGCUGCUGCUGAGAACGGUCACCUCCUGGUUGUGAAGUAUCUCCACGAAAAUCGCUCGGAACCCUGCGGGGCCGACGCAAUUAUCCGUGCAAAGAAAAAUGGGCAUUGUCGUAUUGUUCAGCUUUUGCUAGAGCAUGAAGAUUGCAGGCGUGUAUACAAGGAGGAAGCAGCUAAGACCAUGGCUGAAAAGAGAGCUGCCUUAACUUAG